AGGUGUCUGAACUAUCUUAUUUUAAAAAUCAAAAGCUCAAAAACUUAACUUGCUUUCCACCACAUUCCUGCAAAUUUCUCUCCUCAAAUGAUCAUCAAAAACAUGGAUGCCUCCACCAAUGUCCCAUACCUAUGGCUACCUAUUUUUCUCUACGAUGAGCCCAUUCUAGCAAGCCAAGUUAUAGCAUCAAUAGAGCUAAUUCUCUAUUCAAUAUGUCUCUAUAUAGUAGUAGUAAGCCUGAAAAUAUUCGUGCAAGUUCGGAUGUUUCACCUCAAUUUUAUUAUUUUGGUAGCUCCAUUUUUUGGGAUUUGGUUUGAGUUGAUCAUCGGGAAGUUGAUUACAAUGUGCUAUCAGUUGAGUAUAUUUUCAAUUGGGAACCUGGAAAUCCGGAAGUUUUAUGUUUUAUGGACUGAUGACUCGAAUAAAAUGCUAGUAGUCAACUCUUUUGAAGGACUGGAAUUACUGAUAAUUGCGGGUUUUAUGGAGUAUCAUUAUAUGUUUUCUGUGGUUUUUGGCGCGGUGGCAGUGGCAAUUGAGAGGCUGGCUGCGUCGGUUUUGAUUGACAACUACGAAUCGACCAAUAAGAUUUUCAUCCCAAUAGCUCUAACUGUAUUUUUCCAAAUAAUCGCCAUCACCUGCUCCUGUUUGGCUCUUUUCCAUAAAUUCACGAUUAUUACCAUAAACGGCACUUGGAUUGUCAGCUGCGCUUGCUCUUCAAUCGUUUUCUUUCUUGUGGAGCGAAUAAAUUUGAGAUGGAAAGCUGAAAUGGAGCAUCCGAGACGGGAAAAAGUGUACACUAUUUCUCAGCGUUUUCAGGUGAAGGAGAAUAUUCGGGCGUUGGAUCUCGGAAAACGUCUGAUUUUCUCUGAACUUGGAACAAUUUCAAUAAUCGGGUUGAUAAUUGCCACACUUCUACUGGAACUGGUACCUCCGUCACUGGUUCAUAUUGCAGAAAAUGCGCUGUUCUUAAACCCAUUUGGCAUUUGCACAGUUGCUAUGUACAGUAUCCCUGCUUGGAAGAAGCGGUACAAAAAUGCUUUUCCAUCAAUUUUCUGCUUCCUAAUGAGACUUAAAAAUCGAAAAAUUGAUGUUCAAUCUAUGGAACCAUUGGAGGAAUUCAGCAAACGGAUUUAUGAAGAGACUAAUAUUCAUUUUGCACAGUUAAAUGAGUCGUGGACGUAGUUUUUAGUUCUUUUUUUUUGGAUUAAAAAAAUAAAAUCAGAAAAUUUAUAAAAU